AGAUUUCGACCGGUAAUGUUGUUGAUUCACCGCGGCGCGCAUCGCGUAUCUUCCCACAAUCGAAUAAAAUAUGUUGAGUGGUAGCAAACCGUACAUGCGCAUCUAUGACAACGGUCUAUUGCUAGUGCGGUUCACAACAGUGGCCUUCUUGGUCACCAGCGCGGUCCGGCCUACUGCGUUGGGACAAACUUUCGUCAGACGUACUGCAAGUGUUUGUCGAACAAACUCCGACUGCCCUCUGAACGCAUACUGCGAACAUUACAGUCCGCCGACUGGAUUCGGUGUCUGUUCCUGUCUUCACGGCCACUUUAUGCUAACUCAGAAUAACACCCGAGAGUGCAUCCGAUUUGCCACUGCCAUAGGCGAUUUCUGCCAAUACGACGAUCAAUGUCAAUAUCUGCUGAGCACCGACUCGGAAUGUCGCGCAAAUUCGUGCCAAUGUCGCGAGGAAACUCAUUACGUCGAGCGGGAGCGCAGGUGUUACAAGACCAGCUACCUUGGCCAGUACUGCCGACUGUCCAACAAUUGCAUCGGUGAUGAUACCUACUGCCGCGAUGGCAUUUGUGUGUGCGCCCUAGGUAAGCACCCGAACGCCGGAAGAAAUCUGUGCCUACCGGAUGUACACCUGGGUGAGAAGUGCUUCCGAGACGAAGAAUGCAUAACCGAGUACUCGCGCUGCGAUGGCGACGAGUGUCGCUGCCGAGUCAGUCAUAUCUUGAAUCAAGCUAGAAACCAAUGUCUUCCAAUCGCCGGCAUGCUGAACGAUCUGUGCGAGGAAGAUCUGCAAUGCCUUCACAGGGUACCGUACUCGCGGUGCCACAUCGGAACACAGCUCAAUGGCGAUCGCGUUGGCAGAUGUACUUGCGCCAACGGUUACCACGAGAUCGGUUACAAAUGUUAUCCCUCAGUCUAUCUAAACGGUGUUUGCGAAGUUGACGAAAAUUGCGCCAUCAACCCGGACACCAUCUGCAUCAAAGAGCGAUGUCGCUGCGCUGAUCACAUGAUCGAAGUAGAUGGACAGUGCUCUGCGGCAUCCAGGAAGUUCCUGUUUUCGAUCCAAAUAUUAGUUAUUUUAGUUAUGAAUCAGUUUACGUUAAGUUAAUUUAACAGAGAUGUGUAUAAUUUUUACGGAAUAGUUUCAUUUAUUUGCAACCAUGUUACAUUAUUUUUAAAGUACCACUAAUAGGUGUAAAAAACCCUGUAAUGUGUAAUUAAACAAGAAAUACGAUUAAAAGCAGUAUUUGUCUUAAUGAAAAUAUAUUUUAUCCAAAAACAAUUUUUACAAAGCAUUUUUACGAAGCACAAUUGUGAAUAGAUAAAAGUUUUUAAUAAAAUUAUUAUCACGCUAA